CUGGUACUCCGGCUUCGCCUCUGUUAGCGUCCUGCACCCAUCCUGGAGUCAGACCUGCCGCUUCCCCAGUAUCUUUGAUUGCUGUCCUGGAAAGACGGCUGCCUAUCGCGUGAUGCCCCAGCUCGGACUCCUGCCCGGGAGGGCCUGUGUUUCGCUGCUCAGCCAGCUCCUGCGGCCUCCCCAUGGUGCCUGCACCCGGGCGAUCCGUUCUCAUAGCCACGUUGCCAAGGCAGUGUUAACGUCUCAACUGAAACCAAAUCAAGAGAAAUCAAAUUUUAUUAUCAAGACCCCAAAGGGCACCAGGGAUCUUAGUCCGCAGCAGAUGGUUGUGAGGGAGAAAAUUCUUGAUAUGGUUGUCAGCUGCUUUAAACGACAUGGAGCAAAGGGUUUGGAUACCCCAGCAUUUGAACUGAAGGAAAUGCUCACUGAAAAGUAUGGAGAGGACUCUUUGCUCAUCUAUGAUCUGAAGGAUCAGGGUGGAGAGCUGUUGUCCCUUCGUUAUGACCUUACUGUCCCUUUUGCUCGUUACCUGGCCAUGAAUAAAGUAAAGAAGAUGAAACGCUAUCAUGUUGGAAAAGUAUGGCGGCGGGAGAGCCCAACCAUAGUCCAAGGCCGUUACAGGGAGUUCUGCCAGUGUGAUUUUGACAUUGCUGGUCAGUUUGACCCUAUGAUCCCUGAUGCAGAAUGUUUGAAGAUCAUGUGUGAAAUUCUAAGUGGGUUGCAGCUGGGGGACUUUCUUAUCAAGGUCAAUGACCGACGGAUUAUAGAUGGGAUGUUUGCUGCCUGUGGUGUUCCAGAAAGCAAGUUCCGAGCCAUCUGCUCCUCGAUAGACAAACUAGAUAAGAUGUCCUGGAAGGACGUGAGACAUGACAUGGUGUCAAAGAAAAGCCUGGAUCCUGAGGUAGCUGAUAGAAUUGGGGAUUACAUCCAACGUCAUGGUGGGAUAUCUCUGGUAGAGCAACUGCUCCAAGAUCCCAGACUAUCCCAGAAUAAGCAGGCCCUGGAGGGCUUAGAGGACCUGAAGCUGUUGUUUGAAUACCUGACUCUCUUUGGAAUUGCUGAGAAGAUUUCCUUUGAUCUAAGCCUGGCCCGGGGCUUAGACUAUUAUACAGGAGUGAUCUAUGAAGCAGUGCUGCUACAGACCCCAAAUCAGGCUGGAGAGGAAUCUCUGAGCAUGGGCAGUGUAGCUGCCGGUGGACGCUAUGAUGAGCUGGUGAGCAUGUUCGACCCCAAUAGCCACAAGGUGCCAUGUGUGGGACUCAGCAUUGGGGUGGAGCGGAUCUUCUCCAUUGUGGAGCAGAAAAUGAAGAUUUUUGGUGAGAAGGUACGAACCACAGAGACCCAAGUAUUUGUGGCCACACCACAGAAGAACUUUCUCCAAGAACGACUGAAGCUAAUUGCAGAGCUCUGGGAUGCUGGGAUCAAGGCUGAGCUGCUGUAUAAGAAUAAUCCUAAACUACUAACCCAGCUGCACUAUUGUGAGAAAAUGGGCAUUCCACUGGUGGUCAUCAUUGGUGAGCAAGAAAUGAAGGGAGGUAUCGCCAAGCUCCGUUCAGUGGUCAGCAGGGAGGAGGUGGCCAUUAAACGAGAACAUCUUGUGGCUGAAAUUCAGAAGCGACUUUUGGAAUCUUGA